CUGCUGAAAGGAGGCGGCGGAGGAGGAGCCGGGGCAGCCGCUGCCAGCCCGGGGCACCGGAGUCCUGCCCGCUGCCGCGCGAGUAGCCACGGGCGCGAUCGGGGCCAGAAGUCGGCUGCUCCAUGAUCACUCUGGGAGCCGGGAGGAGACUUUGCCCGGCCGUGCGAGCGGCUCUGCGUUUCCCAGGCGAGGCAGCGGCGGAGCAGCGGCGGCAGCCGGGUCCCGGUCGGAGCGACCAUAGCCCGGGGCGUGUGCGCCCCGCGUGGAGAAGGCUCGGGUUCCCCACGGAAUGUCCCCGGGGCGCCCGGCGCGCUGACUCCCCAGACGCCUCCGCCUUCGGCGCUCGCCGCCUCUCGCGGUCUGGCUCACUGUUCGGGACUGCAGGCUCCGGGGCUUCUGGGCAGGGGGGAAGCCCCCGGGGGCGAGUGUCCUCAGCGGGCCACGACCCAGCCCUCCCCCGUGCGUAUCUCGCUUAAGAUGGCAGCGGAGUCAGGGGAACUAAUCGGGGCUUGCGAGUUCAUGAAAGAUCGGUUAUAUUUUGCUACUUUAAGGAAUAGACCAAAAAGCACAGUAAAUACCCACUAUUUCUCCAUCGAUGAGGAGCUGGUCUAUGAAAAUUUCUAUGCAGAUUUCGGACCUCUGAACUUGGCAAUGCUGUACAGAUACUGCUGUAAACUCAACAAGAAACUGAAAUCGUACAGUUUAUCGAGGAAGAAAAUAGUGCACUACACCUGCUUCGAUCAGCGGAAAAGAGCGAACGCAGCGUUUCUGAUAGGUGCUUAUGCCGUCAUCUACUUGAAGAGGACGCCAGAGGAAGCCUACCGAGCUCUCCUGUCCGGCUCCAACCCCCCCUACCUCCCGUUCAGGGAUGCUUCCUUCGGAAACUGCACUUACAACCUCACCAUCCUCGACUGCCUGCAGGGGAUCAGAAAGGGACUGCAACAUGGGUUUUUCGACUUCGAGACGUUCGAUGUGGACGAAUACGAACACUACGAGCGAGUUGAGAACGGCGACUUCAACUGGAUCGUCCCCGGGAAAUUUCUAGCGUUCAGUGGACCGCACCCAAAGAGCAAGAUUGAAAAUGGUUACCCUCUGCACGCCCCCGAGGCCUACUUCCCCUACUUCAAGAAGCACAAUGUGACCGCCAUCGUGCGGCUGAACAAAAAGAUCUACGAGGCCAAGCGCUUCACGGACGCUGGCUUCGAGCACUACGACCUCUUCUUCGUGGACGGCAGCACGCCCAGCGACCACAUCGUGCGGCGCUUCCUGAACAUCUGCGAGAACACGGAGGGGGCCAUUGCCGUCCACUGCAAAGCUGGCCUCGGGAGGACGGGCACCCUGAUAGCCUGCUACGUCAUGAAGCACUACCGGUUCACGCACGCCGAGAUCAUCUCCUGGAUCCGAAUCUGCCGCCCGGGCUCCAUCAUCGGGCCCCAGCAGCACUUCUUGGAAGAGAAACAGGCGUCGUUGUGGGUCCAAGGAGACAUUUUCCGGUCCAAACUGAAAAACAGACCGUCCAGCGAAGGAAGCAUCAACAAAAUUCUUUCUAGCUUGGAUGACAUGUCUAUCGGUGGAAACUUUUCCAAAAUACAGAACGCGGAGAGAUUCGGAGAGAAUUCUUUGGAAGACGACGAGGACGCGGAGAUGAAAAACAGCAUAACCCAGGGAGACAAACUACGUGCCUUAAAGAGCCAGAGGCAGCCCCGCUCCUUGCCCUCCUGCGCGUUCAGGUUGGAGGAUGUCAAAGGGCACCCGAGGGCCAUGUCCCAGCCGUUCAGGCUGCCUUCCUCCCUGCACGGGUCUGCGUCCACUCUGAAGCCCUCAAAAGUGGCUUCGUCCCCUUCGGCGACGGCCAAGCGGAUCAACAGAGGCUCCCUGUCCUCGGGCGCCAAUAUAAGGAGCUUCUCCAUAAACUCCCGACUGGCCAGCUCCCUCGGGAACUUGAACGCUGCCGCGGACGACCCGGACAACAGGAAGAUUUCGCCCUCCAAGGCGGCCCUCCUGGCCACCCCCUUCACCAACCUCCUCAACGGCAGCUCCCAGGUGCCUGACCCGAAUUACCCCGAGCUCAACAACAACCACCAGUACGGCCGGGGCAGCCCGCCGGGCCCCCAGGGCACCAAGACCGAGGAGCAGGCCGCCGUCACCGCCGCGGCCGCUGCCAUCCUCCGGCCCGCCUACCCCGCCGGCCUGUCCUCCUCCUCGGCCCGGUUCCUGAGCCGCUCCAUCCCCUCCCUUCAGUCCGAAUACGUUCAUUACUAAGACCUCACCCCUCCCGGGAGAGCCGCUCUCAGACGCGCCGCCGGACGAGCCCUGCGGAGAGAGCGCCCCCUGCGGGCCGGAGGACUGGCCCCGCCUGCGCCCCCAGACCCCCGGCCAGCACCCAAGUCCUGCGAGAGACUUGAGACCCGGCCGCCCCCUGGCCCCCGACUACUGUCCGUGCACUGAGACUCUCUGUUCGUCCACACUUUUUAAGACAGUUUUCCCGUUGACUUUGGUAUUUUGAAAGGUUAUUUUUAAUGUAUUGCGGUAAUACACCUGUUCUUACAUUUACGUGUACAGUGUUACAUUGUGUAUGUAUGGUGAACUUCAAAAGCCUAUUUUGAUAAAUUUAUAAAUAUAUAAAAUUACGUCAGAGCUAGACUAUAUUUUGAUUUAGAUUUUCUUGCUGUUUGCUACCAAAAAUUUGUAUUUUGGGUUUGGUUAGGACGGUUUUGUCUACAACGAAUCCAUACGUCCUCUCUGGUAAGACAAAGCAGGGGAGAGAGUUCCAGAGAGUGGCUUUGACCUUCCCGCUGCGGGCGGAGGCGGCAGGGCGGGUCGGUCCUUCGGGAAGUCCGUCCGUCCGUCUGUCCGACACGCGGAGGAGCUUCUCCGGGCUUACCUCGAGCAACAGUCGGGCCGCUGGAUCCGGCUUCCGGAGGCCGUUGUUGCCCCUUUGCUUCUGUUGCUGGGCCACGCGGCUCUGCGUCUGGGGGCCCUCUGCACCGUUCAGCAUCCCGCGGAGGAUGAGGAUCCCCCCUGGGCGUUCCUCCCACAAGUGUCCUCCACGAAGUGACUCGACAUUCCAGACGCUUUUGUUUCCUCCCUGCCCUCUAGAGAGGGUCGUCGGCCCCGGAGAGGUUUCUGCGUGUGGUACGAGCCUGUGGUGGCCAGCGAUCCCACGUGGCCAGGCCCCGGUUCCAACCCCACGAGGGGGGAAACACGGGAGAGGAUGCUGCUGAGUGGCUCUGUGUGUUCCAGGAGCUGUGUGCCCGGGAGGUCGGAGACCUCGGCACGGAGCUGGCCUGUCAGAAGCCCAGCGUGAACAGGAAGGGACGCCCUCGUGGCACUCUCACGUGAGCGUGGCCUCACACUCAGGCCUCCGGCAGCCUGGAGGCCUCCUUUCUGUGGGGAGCUGGGGAACCCCAGACCCUGGCUCUCCGUGUCGCUUAAUGGAUCCCCGUGAAGCCUUCACUCUCACCCACCGGGUUAUUUAUAGCGUAUUUAUUAGGAGAGGGCACCUCGAGACCAUUGCACACGCUGCUGGAUGUUGUACAUUCUUAAACAGGCCUUUGAGUGAAUGUUUGGCUCAGGUCGGCUGACUGAACCUUCAGGCACGGCAGUACCAAAUAAUUGCACUAAAGUUCAUGAAAAAAUGUACGUGUUAGGGAUCAAAGAUUGUGGGAUUACAUUGUAUACCUUUUUAGAAGCUGAAAUAGUGAAAUAUUUUAUUAUGAGUUAUUGUAAAAAAAAGUUGAAUUCUAUAGGCCGACGAUAGUAUUUUUUUAAAAAAUGAUCAUUGAAAAGUAACUCAGACGACAGUUGAGAAAGGGAACCUCGGAGACAGUGUAGUCUGUGAACACUAACUUGUGUGCAGCUCUUGAGACGACUGUCAAGUUGACUACUGUAAAUCUGGCAUUCUGGUGUGCGUGUGUCAGUCAUAUGUAUCUACACGUGUAUGUCUUAACAUUUUAUACACAUGUGCAUACAUAGACUGACCAAGAAGUGUAUGUAUAUAAUACAGAAAGUAUAUAGCAAAGUAAUUCUACUGCAAUAAUAAAAAUUGUUUGACAUGUAUUUUGUUAAUGAAUAGUUUAACUUUCCAAAAGAUAUUUUGUUCUAUUUUAAAGUGUAGAAGAAUACACUGCUAAUAAAUAAUAAAAGUUUUAUGCAAUUCACAUUUCCCUGGCUUUGCUAAUUUGGGCUUUGAAGUACUAAGGUACUGAAGUCUCUCUGUAAUUUUAUAUUUGACCCACUCUGGUCAGUGCCUUCCACUGAGGUCCUCAGGGUCGCCGUUCCCGAUUUCGGCUCCUCUUUCGUUGGUGUUCCAGGGAGCGGCCAUUUCCUGAAAUCCACGACAGUGAGCCCCAAGAAAUCGUGUGCUUCGAAUUUCAGCUGACGUCCGUUUCUCGCUCUUUUUCUCCCUCCGUCAUUUUCCUUUCUGUUAAUAAAAGCACUGCUCACG